UCCGCCACCUCCUCUCCGGUCCUCUUCCGCCGCGCCCCAAGCGCCGCCCUCCUCCGCCGUCUCUCGAAGCUGACCUCGAUUACGAACGCUACCUCGAUCUCCCUUCGUCUUCCUCCGAAGAUCAAGAUCAAGCGCCAGGUAUAUACAUAUACAUAUAAUAAUGCCUCUGUUUGAUUUAUUUAUUUUAGUUUUUUCUCUCUUAAUUUCAUGAUUCAGUUCUGUUUAUUAAUGAUGAUUCUAUGCUUUGAGCUGAAAUUGCUUGAAUGGGAUGUGUCACCUAUGAGUUUCUGUUAUUAUACGUUUUUUUUUCCACUUCAUUUUAAAAUCGUGAUUUCCGUGUUGGUGUUUGGAGAGAAACUGGAAUUUUCUUUUUGUGCGAGUUGAAUAUAAAAUAUAGUGGAAGGUUUUAAUGAAUCGUGAAUAGUUUUCUGUUAUUACACUCCGACAUAAACUUGAAGCUAAUAAGGUUAACGAAGUUUGUUCAAUUUGUUAUGUUUUGGACAGAUUGAUAUAUUUGGGUUUCUUAUACAUGCAUGACAUUUAGUUCACGCAAAUAGGGGAUGGUGGGUUGUUGUUUUGUGCAACUUCCACCUUUAGGCUUUGUACAGUGUUUCUUGUUUGUGCAACAACAGUCUCCAUAUUUGCAGGAUGGAAUGUUAUUUGCUACGGUUCCUGUGUCCGAAUACAAGUAAGGAUGUUUUCACCUGGCUUCCAUUUACCCUCAGCUUCUUCGGUAUGCUGAUUUAGAAGCUGGGAAUUCAGCUGGCUUUCAUGCUGUUGCAUUUUCAUAUGAGAAUCCCAACGAGUCCGCUGUGAUAAAGGACGAUGACACUGAGACUGGUUUUCAUCCUCAAUUCCCAGUGCCAGAGAACUUGCUCAAUAACCUGGUGAGUGACCUUCGUCAUAAAAAUUUUCUUCAUGUGAUUUUCAAAUGUUUAACAUUUAAUUGACCUUUCUUGUUUCUUUUUUUUAACCAAUGUGAUUAGGUGAUAACUGUCUAGGGUACAUAUGUUAUUCUAAGGCUUACAAUGUCUAAGUUUCAGAUGCUCGGAGCAUAAAUGGAGUUCUUUUGACUCAAGGUAGCCAUUCACAGGCACCUUGAUUCCUUUUGAUGUCAUGACAAGGGGUCGUGCAGGUGGGAUUAGGAUGAUAUAAAUACGUUGGUUCUUUACCUGUUGAGAGCAAUGGGAUGAAAACAUUUCUACAUAAAGUUGUGUUUCUUGAUCUUUAUGAUUAUCCAAGUAUAUGUGAGGUUAUCUUGUGUCUGUUUACUCAGAUCUUUAUAAAUAUUCCUGCUUGGCAUGACCCUUUUAAAUCCAGAGUUAUACUAAUCUGUAAUUAAAAUUUAUUGAUGAAUAUUCUUUUUUUCUCUUCUUUUUUCCCCCAGCCUCCAAAUGAGAAGGUCCAUCAGAUUAUUUCAAGGACUGCAAUGUUUGUCAGCAAACAUGGAAGCCAGUCAGAGAUUGUUCUUCGAGUGAAACAAGGAGAUAAUCCUACAUUUGGGUUCCUCAUGCCUGAUCAUCGUCUUCAUUCAUACUUUAGGUAUCUUGUUGAUCAUCAAGAACUUCUGACAAUUGACAAUAAUGGAAAUUCAUCUAUGGACAAGAAUAGAAGUCAGGGUCUUGAUCAAACAGGUGGUGCAUUAUCCUUGCUUGGAUCUGUAUAUGGAUCUGGAGAGGAUGAGGAGGGUACAAACGAGAAUACUCAGGAAGUAGAGAGAAAGGUGUGUGAGGAUUCUGUUGGUGCUGCUAAUAAUGCUUCCAUGGAAACAGAGCAAGCAGAAUCUUCUUCAGAUGCAGCAAAGAAGGAUGGAAGCAUCUCUAAAAAUCCAGUAUCCUCUUUGAAAGAAAAAGUUCCCGUCAUAAAGCGCAAUCAUUCUAUCAGCAAUGUCAAGGCAGUAGCUGCAUCUAAGGAAAAGACAAGUGAUGCCUCAGAUUCAGUGACUAAUGCAGCGGACAAGUCACAUACUCCUGUUCCUAAUACAACUAAGAUUAGUCUCCCUAUCGUGGAACCACCAUCUGACUUAAAGAGAGCUAUUGAGAAGAUAGCUGAGUUCAUCGUAAAUAAUGGCAAACAGUUUGAGGCCGUUCUUGCUGAACAGGACCGUGCUCAUGGAAGGUUCCCAUUCCUUGUGCCGUCAAAUCGAUAUCAUACAUACUAUUUGAAAGUUCUUCAAACUACUGAAGAGUCUAAGUUAUCAGGCAAGGUCUCCCAAAAGCAGAAUUCAGCAGGUCGUGCAGGUGAAAGAAACACUGUACGCGAAGAAAGUGAUAAACAUUCAUGUGGAUCCCUGGGUUCUGAUCUACCAUGUGAUAAGGACCGGAAGGAGAAGUUCAAGAUGAUUGUUGGCAGCAAGUCAAAGAAGGAUGAUCAAGAUCAGAUUCCUCAAGACAAUCAGUCUCAAAAUGUAGUAAGCGUGAAUGCAACAGCAGCAGCAGCUAUUCUUCAGGCUGCCACUAGGGGUAUUAAAAAACCAAAUUUAGAACUCUUCAGCAAGACAUCAAGCGGUAAUGGCCAAGGUCUUGGAAGUGAUGGUGGCCAUUUGUCCAGCACUGGGAGCUUGUAUUCAUCUCAACUCCAGCGAUUGGUUGAAAGUUCAAAUCUGAAGGUAGACAUAAGUGGUUCUGCCCGGGCUAUUGCUGAAACAGUAGCUAUUGCAGCAGCGCGGGAGGCGGACUCCUCUGAAGCACAUAUGACCAAAGAGGAGAAGCUGAAGGCUGAUAGAUUGAAACGAGCAAAAAUGUUUGCAGCCAUGUUAAAAAAUGGAGUUGCUCCAGUUAAAAGUGAGACCACUCGGGGGUUAUCAGUUGAUCCCCCAGGCUCUGGACUUUCAGGUUCUGAUGCUGAGGCUGGGAGUCUUGUGGGUAAAGAAAGGGAAGGAAGUUCUGUUCCAUUUGAUGUUGAUAAUUCAGAUAGAAGUCAAAAGUCUGAGGAGAAGCAUUCUGUUGAUAAUUCUGAUACAAGUCACAAGUCCAAGGAAAAACUCGCCGUUGAUAAUAACGAGCAGCAGAAAUCCAAACGGAAGUACCGGUCAAGAUCUGGAAAACAGGAAGUGGAGGAGGAGGAGGAGGAGGAGGAGGAAGAAAACACAGAAGACAAAAGGGAUCACAAACAAUCGAGAAAAAAGCAUCGAUCUCAUCGAUCUUCACACAGCAGCCACGACAGGCACAAGCACAAGCACAAGAGAAAACAUUCCUCCUCCAAAGACAGGUAUUCCCACAAAAGGCAUAAGGAUGACAGCUCCUCCGACGAAGAGGAUCACCACUCGAGGCAUCAUCAUAAAAAAGAUAGCUCCGAUGAUGAUAAGUAUCGUUCGUCCCGGCAACGGCACAAAGAGAAUAACACGUCAGACAACGAACAUAGACGUUCUCGGCAUCGGAAUAAGCAUUACAGUUCAUCAGACGAUGAUGAGCAAAGGCAUAGAAGCAGAAAUGUAAAGCAUAGGAGCAGAUAUCAUGCAGAAAAGGAAAGGGACCUUGAGGAAGGGGAGAUAGUAGCGAAAUCAGACAAGUCAAAAGCCAAAGAGGUUGGAAGUGAUAGCAGGGAGGCUUCUGUUGCAAGGGUACCAUCCCAAUCUCCAGAAACAACUGAGGUCUCUGAUGAGCUUAGAGCCAAAAUAAGAGCCAUGUUGAUGGCCAACUUGUAAAAUUCGCCUCUUAACGAUUUAUAUUGUAUCAUAUUAUUCAUACUUAACAAUCAGUCCAUCAUAUUUGUGUUGUUUCAUGCUGAAA